GCCAUUCUGGUUCAUCUCAAGAGUUGGGGAUGGAUAGCAACAAGGACGAAGCUCUCAAAUGCUUGCGUGUAGCGCAGCGUCACAGAGAGAAUGGAAACUACUCUGCUGCGGCUCGCUUUUGUCAGAAGUCUAUCGCCCUCUUCUCUACACCUGAGGCUGUUGAACUGGCAGCAAUCGUAGAGAAGGAAGCAGCUGCCGGGAAAGACUCAAGUGAGAAAACGCCCCAAGGAACAUCAACCGGUACCGAACCACAUCCUAGCUCAGCCAGCACCAAACAUCGGGGUCAUGGGUCCCCUCCAGUUAACGGUGAUGGCUCGACCGACCAAAAACGUGAUUAUACGACGGAGAUGGUUGCCGUAGUCAAACGUGUGCGAAGUUGUAAAGCCACGGAAUAUUACGAAAUACUGUCUGUAUCUCGAGAUUGUGAAGAAAACGAUGUGAAGAAGGCCUAUCGCAAGCUUGCAUUGCAACUUCACCCGGAUAAAAACGGUGCACCUGGAGCUGACGAAGCCUUCAAGAUGGUUUCGAAAGCGUUUCAAAUUCUGUCCGACCCACAGAAACGAGCAGCGUUCGAUCAACACGGCGCUGAUCCCGAUUCAAGGUUCAGCGGAAUGUCUAAUAGACGAUCCGAUUUUUCGAAUCCAUCUACCCGUUUCGAAGGCUUCGAUUCGGAAAUCAGCCCAGAAGAUCUCUUCAACAUGUUUUUUGGUGGCUCUGGCGGUCCACAAUUUGCGACUACGGGAUUUGGCCCUGGCACAGGUUUCACGUUCCAAUUUGGCGGUCCUGGCGGGGUACAGUUCACCUCGGCCAGAGGACGCCCUCGUGGCCAGGCUGCGGCUCCCCAGAACGCUGGGGCUACAUUCAAGCAACUGCUGCCACUUAUCAUUGUCGUCUUGUUUUCCCUUUUAACAUCUCUUCCAUCUCUAUUGAACUCCUUCAAAACCCCUUCUCCUUCCUUCUCCUUCCAGCCAACUCCCUACUUCGAUCAGCAGCGUUAUACGCUGCCACGGAAUAUUGCAUAUUAUGUCAA